GUCUGCCUUGUUGCUCUCCCCUGUGCUAGCUGAGCCGGAAAAGCCACAGCCCUACGAGGUGAUGUCCAGGAUCAUGCGUCUGGUAGCGUGGAUGCCGGCAGAGGGGCGCAGGGAGCUGCAGGAGGUCUUGGUCGAGGACUGUUCCGAGGAAGAGGUUCUGCGCAGUCUUGUCGGUCGAGUUCGCACCCACUGUGACGAGACCGUCAAACGGGCACACCAAAUGUCCGAACCUUGCACCUGGUGGGACGAUUCUUGUUCCUAG